AACACAUUUAAUGAAAUAACGAAUAUUCUCUGCAUAUACGCUAACACAAAACCCAUUGAUUAACCGACGCUGAAGUAGCUGACUCUGGCCUAGUCCAAGUGGCUGCUCAUUGGAGCGGCAGUUGUUUUGCUUAGCUGCCAGUGUAAACAUUGAUAUGGGUGCAAAUGGAUGUGGGCUAGACGCUGCAUAGAUAGAAGCAGAGCGAGAGAAAGGCAGACCGAGGAGGCGAGGGUUUAAGGGGAAGGGUAAUGCCACCGAGAGACGAUCGUGAACGAAGUCAGCAGGCAGUUGACUGUUUAGCACUUUAUCGCCAAUUUGUUGCGGCUGCCCAACACUAACUCGCAAUCGCAAUCGCAGUCGCAGUCGCUGUCGCUGUCGUAGUUCUACUCAUGCAGAACUGUGUGUUGGAUUUAUUUGAGCAUUUGUUUUGGUGCGUUUUUUUUUUUUUAUCUUAUCAAACGCUGGGCCGCUGGCGAGCGAGGCGAGCCACCCGUUGCCGAUAAGACGCCACACAGCACUAAAAGAAUUUCAAUAGUUCGAUUCAGAGCGAGAGCGUGUUGAAAUCCGAGCUGCAUGUGAAUGGAAAUGUUGGCUGAUCCCACUGCGUCAUAGUUUCGCAUACUCGAAGAAACGGACAUCAUAACGGCAUCUCUCCGAAGGACGGGCAGAGUUUGCGGUCACAAGAACAAGAAGCAAAAGAAGAGCAGAACAACGAGAGUACACGCAUUUCGCACAGUGGUGCAAGUUACACAAAUUAGGGACUAACGGAAAUUGGCACUUGGCUCCGACAGUCGAGCUCGCACCACGGCGCGACGAUAAGUCGCUUGCAUCACUGACGUCAUCGACCCUCUCAGAAAGGCAAAGUCGACGCAGCGGAAGGAGUGCAUGAGCUGCUAGCCGUGGGAGUGAGAGCGUCAGCGGCAGAGGGAGGAGGAUAGGGAGACAGAGAGAGGCAGAUGCCCGCUCAGAAACAAAUGCGACAAAAAUAACAAUAGACGAAGAUACGAUAAGCUGCUACUGAGAGCCUCGCCUCGAUAUACGAGUCGAACUCGAAUUCCAAGUCGAAGUCGAAGUCGAACUCAAAGUCGGAUAACGCAUUGAAAUGGAGGCAAGGGCGAGCAACAGACCAGUGACGCCUGGAACACCGGACUCGGCGCACUUAAUAAUUGGCGCAGCUGGCAACGUGGCCCACGAUCGUCGGCAUCAACCCAAGCGACUGAUGAACUGUUUUCGAGAUCGUUCGACAACCACGUCGUCGUCGCCCUCCACGGCUGCACACUAUGGGCGUUCGCACAGCUCCACAUCGACGGCCCUGCUGCGCCUGGAGAGCAACGCCGGGUCCAACUGCACGCUGGAUCAGGCAGGUCUCACAGUUGGCGCUGGUCGCCCGGAGGCCGUUGUUCUGCUCCGCGAGCUGCGCAGCAAACCAAACAAAUUGACGCUGUUGAAGAGCAGUAGCACGCGAGAUUUGACACGCCUGCUGCUGGAAGAGUCGGCAGGAACGACAGCUGUGCUCGUGUCCAAUGGCAGCCUAGACAUGUGCUCCUCCAGCAACUCCUCGGCGGGCAGUCCGCGCAACGGCAAUCGCGAGUGCUGCGCGGUGUGUGGCAAGCGCUGGCAAAAUCUAAAGCAGCGAAUGCAUACGCUGGAGCAGGAUCUGCAGGCGCAGGCGAGCUACACUCAGGAGCUGGAGCAGAAACUGGUCGAGAUGAGUCGCCAGCUGUCGGAACUGCAACAGCAACAAGAGAAGCGACAAACAGCACCAGCUGCAACUGGAGCAGCUGGCAAACGUAAUGGCGGCACACCUGUGCGUCCAUCCAGAUUGGUCGCCUGGAUGAAUUUGGCCAAUUGGUGGAAGAGCCGGCCCAGCGUGGAGACGUUGCGCGAACAACGCAUCUUCUUCGACGAGCCCUGCUUCGAUACGGAGCUGGAGCUGGUUCUCAAGCACGAAAAUUUUCGCACGGUGCCGCGGAUAGUGAUCGAUUGCUGUGACCUGAUCGAGCAGAAGUAUCGACGCUCCUCCCAGCCCGUGGAGGGCAUCUAUCGGCAGUGCGGCGAUUACAAUAAGAUUCAAACGCUGCGCUUCAACAUCGAUGCCAAUGACUAUGACGCACUGCGUCAGCCCGGCGUCGAUAUACACACACUCACCGGCGUGCUCAAGCUAUUUCUGCGCGAGAUCAAGAGUCCCCUGAUCAGCGUCAACGAGGCCAAAACGUUUAUUGGCUCGCCCAAUCAAUGGCUGCUCACCGAUCUGAACCAUAAGUUGGACAUACUCAAGAGACUGAUGCGCUCACUGCCGGAGAUCAAUCGCGACACCAUGGAUUAUCUCUUUGGCCAUUUCAAUCGUUUAACCAAGGUGCCGCUGCAGCAAAUAAGCGCCGAAACACUAUCGAUAUCGAUAACACCAUCGAUAUUUCACACAGUGCCACAGGGUGUGCACAUGAAUGACAUACAGGCGCUACUCCGGGAAGGCGAAACCCUGGCCGAUUGCGUGAACUUGAUGAUCGAGUACCAUGGUCGCAUUUUCGAGUAAGUGGAGCGCCUCCUGCAGCCAAGCCUAAUCCAAAGCUCGCUUCCAAAAAGCUUUUGUUCAUGUGGUGCUGGUGUUCGUGUUGUUGGCAUUGAUUCCCUCGCAGUUCCCCGAGUCCACGGCUGUCAGAUGCUUUCGAUCUCGAACUCUCGUUGCUAAUUAACUAAACCACAAACAAACCAAUCCCAAUCCCCGUACCUGAACCUGUCCCUGCUCCGCAACGCUCCCACUGCUUCUACUCUCUACCACAGAUGCACGGCUGAUCGUGGAUUAAAGCGCCUUAGCGUACGCAACCUGAAGAAGACGCUCUCCCAGCCGGAUUUACUAUUUCA